AUGGUGAAUAUUGCAGUUGCUGGAGGCAGUGGCAAUGUUGCCAAAGAAAUCCUCGAUGUCCUCGUCGCAACAGGGAAGCACCAGAUAGUUCUCCUUUCGAGAAAGGAAGUUCCUGCCAAUCUUGCACAAGGUGUGACUUGGAUCAAGGCAAACUACGACGACACUGAAGGACUAGUGGAAGUCCUUCAAGGUGUACACACCCUGCUCUGCUUCAUAACACCUCAGUCGGACCCCGGAAACUCCUCCCAGAAGAAUCUUAUAGACGCUGCGAUCAAAGCUGGCGUGAAGCGCUAUGCGCCGAGCGAAUGGGCUACCUUCGAUUACAUGCCCUGGUAUGCGGGGAAGGGUGAGGUCCGUGAGUAUCUCCACGAGCUGAACAGAAGCAAAAAGGUUCUUGAGUAUUGCCUUUUCCAACCUGGAAUGUUUGUGAAUUACUACACAGCACCAUACAAAACAUCAAAACAUGUUCACCCGUUUCAGAACCAGAUCGAUUUCAAUAACCGUCGGGCUAUCGUGCUCGAGGGAGGCGAAGACUCCCCAAUUGGCCUUGUCACCGUGCGUGACUUUUGUAAUGUCGUGGCUAGAGCGGUAGAGUACGAAGACGUGUGGCCUAUUAUUGGGGGUAUUAGAGGCGAGGAACUGACAGUGGCGCAACUAAUUGCUGUCGGGGAGAAAGUUCGCGGCGGACCGUUUACCAUCGAGAAGAUGAAAGCAGAAGAUCUCCAGGCUGGCGUGGUAAAAAGUACCUGGCUGCCCAAGGUUGAUCAUCCAGCCAUUCCACCUGAGCAGGUAGACGCACUGUCCGCGAGUUUUGUUUCUGGAGUGCUCUUGGGAAUGUCGGCUGGAGCGUUCAGAGUCUCAGAUGAGUGGAACCGUCUGCUGCCGGAGUACGAGAUGACUGGAGCUGAGGACUUUUUGGCUGAUGCAUGGCGUUGCAAGCCUUGA